GCCUCUCCCUCCCUCUCCCAACACACUCCUUCUCUUGCUCUCCCCGCACCCAGCCCGUGCAGACCCAGAGGCCUGCCUAACCCACUGUUGGCUCCCACCAACCUGCGCAGCCCCGUCUGGAAACCGAGUUUCGCUUCUUCGUCCGUCCGCGAUUGCAAGCCGGUUCUUCUUCUACGUACUUCGCGUAAAAUCACGUCGCACAAGGCCUUGGCUGGCAGGAAACCUCUUCUUUUCCUUCUCCUCCACUUACUUCUCACGCGUCGACUUGGCCCUGUCUCUUCAGCUGCUGCCGGCCCCGCAUAUUGCAUCUUCAUUCCCAGUCCACAGGCGGCUUACCUUACCUCAUCCACUCCUUUUUUCCAACCCCCAACGUGGAACCCUGUUCAAGGACUUGGCUGUCCGUCCACUCGUUUCCGUGUCCUGUACAAGAUCAUCCUCGCCUCGCGAACAGUCGCAUCACUCCGCGAUACUGCCCUCAACUGCCGGCGCUUCCCACAUCGUCUCGACUGUGAAGCCAGCAACAUGUCUGCCGACGAGAAGACACGCGUCUCGGGCGACGUCGUCCGCCCGGAGGCGUCGCAGGUCCUCCCGACCGUGAACCCCCAGGCCGAGAAGCCCCAGCCCGCAAAGGCCGCGCUGCACCCGAUCUUCUAUGUCGUCACCUGGAUCGGCUUCAGCUCCUCCGUCAUCCUCUUCAACAAAUGGCUCCUGGACACCCUCAACUUCCGCUACCCCGUUAUCCUCACGACCUAUCAUCUCACCUUCGCGACAAUCGUUACACAAGCCAUGGCGCGAUGGACGACCAUGCUUGACGGCCGCAAGACGGUCAAGAUGACGGGCCGCGUCUACCUGCGCGCCGUUGUCCCCAUCGGCAUCUUCUUCAGUCUGAGUCUGAUUUGCGGAAACCUGACAUACCUCUACCUCUCCGUCGCCUUCAUUCAGAUGCUCAAGGCCACCACCCCUGUCGCUGUUCUCAUCUCAGGCUGGACUCUGGGCGUGUCCUCGCCCAACCUGAAGCAGUUCCUCAACGUCUCCGCCAUUGUUGUUGGUGUCAUCAUCGCGUCCUUUGGCGAGAUUCACUUCGUCCCAAUUGGCGUGCUGUUCCAGAUUGGCGGCAUCAUCUUUGAGGCCCUGCGUCUCACCAUGGUUCAGCGCCUUCUGAGCUCUGCCGACUUCAAGAUGGACCCUCUCGUCUCGCUCUACUACUUCGCGCCCAUCUGCGCCGUCAUGAACGGAGUUGUUGCCCUUAUCUGGGAGUUCCCCAAGGUCUCCAUGGCCGAGGUUUACCACGUUGGCCUCUUCACCUUUUUCUUGAACGGCCUCUGCGCAUUCAUGCUUAAUGUCUCGGUGGUCUUCCUGAUCGGCAAGACCUCUGCCGUCGUUCUCACCCUUUGCGGUGUCCUCAAGGACAUCAUGCUUGUCGUCGCCUCUAUGAUGAUCUGGGGCACGCAGGUCACCCCUCUGCAGUUCUUCGGUUACUCCAUCGCCCUGGGCGGCAUGGUUUACUACAAGCUCGGCUACGACCAGCUCAAGGGCUACAUCGGUGAGGCAGGCCGCCAGUGGGCCGAGUUCGGUGCCCGCAAGCCCGUUCUCCGCAAGCUCGCCGUCAUCGUCCUGUCCGUCUUCGUUCUCUUUACACUAUUCGGCGCUCUGGCCCCCACGUACGCGCCGGCUUACGACCCCACCAAGUUGACCAACGAGGUCACAAACCGCUUCAAGACGGGUGCCCAAUAAAGGGUAUUGGUGUUGACGCACCGUGCCUGUCGCUGAAACGGCAAGCAGGGCAUGGGGCAGUUCGCACAGCCUUGUCGAGGUUGUCGGGCAAUCUACCCAGGAAAAUUUUCGUCGUUUUUUCUUUACUCUUUGCCUUGGCGCCGCGUCUGUCCUCCGCUGGCACAUGAGUCACGCAAACAUGGCCGAGACUUUUCUAAUUGGAGAGUGACUAUGCUUGGCUGCGUGGGAAGUGUGAUUUGGGUUGUAUUCUUUUAUAGAGCUUUGCGCAGUGCGCGAUGGCGAGGCGGGACGAAACGGCAUCACGAACGGUCUAAUCUGAUGUACUCUAGAAGGCGUUGAAAUCAAUUCAUAGAAACGUACGAGCCUAUAGUUAGCGAGGCUCGCUACCUAGGUCAAGCAAAAGAAAAAAAA